AUCGAAUGCAGACUGGAACUAAGUAAUAAAAACAUAAAUAAGAAAAUAUGACUUUCAGUAGGCCAGAGUCUAAGAAUAAAUCUGAAAUUGCAGGUAAACAAGAAUCAGCUAUUUCAGAGAUUAAACAAAAGUAUGAGUGCCGUUUUUGUCAUGAAAGAUUUCGAAACAAGGACGCCUUAGACCGUCAUGUGUAUCAUCACACGAAUGAGAGAAAAUUUAUUUGCUCCUUUGAAGGAUGUUCCAGUUCCUACACCAACGUUGCUCAUUUGAGACGGCACGUUAAACGGGUGCAUGUAGAUAAAGUUCAAAAUCAAUCUGUCGAUUGCAUCGAUGCUGAUUGUGCAGGAACCUUUUCAUCCAUCGAAAAUAUGCGUCGACAUUUCCGUGAAGUCCAUCAAAAAGUUAACUAUGUAUGCAACAAUUGCAGUCAGUCGUUCCGCAGAAAGCAACAAUUGAAACGACACAUUAUUUUGCACACCGGUGAAUACCCUUACCAGUGUGAAGUAUGUAAAAAAGGCUCUAUUAAUCUCAAAGCUCAUAUACGUCACAGAGCUUCACACAUUCACAAUUGCGAUACAUGUGGACGAGUUUUCAAGAAUUGGAGUGGAUUAGUAGCUCAUCGAAAAAUAUCACAUGUGAAGGAAUUUAAGUGUGAAGUCUGUAAUAAGGUUUUUAUUUCGCAAAAAAAUUUGAAUUACCACAAAAAAGUUCAUCUCAGUCAUGACGAAAGAAGUGUGUUUCAAUGCACUUAUGACACUUGCGCUAAAUAUUAUUAUGAAAAAAGGAAUUUAAUGGCACACAUUCGUUCAAAGCAUGAAGGUCGAAAGUUUAUUUGCGGAUUUGAAAAUUGUGGCAGACAAAUAUCAACUAAACAAAAAUUGGUUUUGCAUUUAAAAUUACACUUGUUCGAAACCAUGGGAUCUAAAGAACAGCUAAAUUCUAAAAGAAAAAUUCUUAAGUGCUCUCAACAAAAACAAAAACAAAGGAGGAAAAAAAUUGUACCUGCAGUGAGCGUUUUGACCGGUAUAAAUUUAUAUUCCAAUGUAGGAAAUACAUUGAUAAACAAAUCAAACGAAGUAUCAAGCGAUGUUUCGGAAGCAAAAAUCUUGAAAAGUUGAAGUAAUCUUAAAUAAAAUUCAAAAUCAUAAAACUAAAAA